AUGGUUCGAAAAUCUUACAAGGCAGUCGAAACAGGCGACGACAGCACAACCGUCACGGCUCCAGCCUCCGAGGUCGAGGCACCUUUGACAUUCAGCGAUGGACUACCACUACCGCAGGUCAUGGUUUUCGACUUGGACUAUACGCUCUGGCCUUUCUGGGUGGAUACACACGUCACUGGCCCAUUGAAACCUACCAAAGACGGCUUGGUGGUGAAAGAUCGCUACAACGACUCGUACGGGUUUUACCCAGACGUUGCUGGUAUCUUGGUCGCAAUCAAAGAGAAGAACCUGACACUGUGCGCGGCAUCGCGGACCCAAGCACCAGAACUCGCUCGCGAAAUGCUAUCCUACCUCCUCGUCCCUUCCUCACCGACAUCCCCUGCAUCUUCGCCAAAAGCUCUGUCUGUUUUCGAUGAAUUGGAGAUUUACCCUGGCGACAAGAAAACACAUUUUUCGCGUAUACACAAGAGGACGAACAUCCCGUACGAGGAAAUGCUGUUUUUCGAUGACGAGUCGAGGAAUAAGAAUGUGGAGACUUUGGGGGUCACGAUGAAGUUGGUAAGAGACGGUGUGUCGAGGAAGGAAGUUGAUGCUGGUGUCAAGCUAUGGAGGGAGAGGAAUCACAGGUUGAAGAAGGAGGAUUCAUGA